UGGCAAUCUGCUGCUGGCGUGUUGCUUUAUUGCUACUGUACAGGAAGAGAGCAGAGAGCAGAGACACAAGGGUGGUCUGGAGGCAUGACCCUAUCGAGUCACUGAUUGGUGGGUGCUGUGGGCAGGCCUGGAGUGUGAAUGAUGUAAAAUGGCCGAUGGAGAAGCUGAUGAAGAAGUCAUUCACCUGGCCACUUUUCAUCGUCAUCGGGGAGAAGAUGGGAAAGCUUGGGGUGGCUUUAUUGAUGCCAUAUCAGAUGACUCUGAUAUUGAGCUGUCGUACAUGAAAGAAGAAGAGGAGGAGGAGGAAGACGAUGAUGAUGGAGUGGUCAUUUUAGAGCCACAGCAGCGUCAGCUGGUGCGUCCAAAUGUGAUCCGUCCAGCGGCUCGCUGGGGAGCAGUUAAACUAGAAGACCCAGGACCCGCUGGACGUCCAGCUGCGUAUAAUGCAGAAGUGUUGGUUGCUGCAGCACCUGAGCCAUUGGUUCCACCUUUAAGAGGUGCUGGGCACGGGGGUGCAGUGCCCAAAGUGGCUAAAGAAGCGAGUCAUGCGGGUGCCCAUGGUCCGAUUUUGCUCCAGCAGCAGCGGCAGCCGCUUAGGUUUCAGCCAGUCCCAGAGGUCCGCCAGCCAGCCAGUAGAAACGGACAGGCUGCAGAGGUGGACAAUGAGAGACCCGGGCCAGCAUUCCCCAUACAGGACCCUCUGAAUGCAGUGUAUGCCAUGGAGUACGACAAGGAUCUCAUAAAGUCACUGGCAGAUGAAACGGCCAAUCUCUUCCCAGGCAUAGAUAAGGCAUUUGUGGAAAACCUUAUACAGAGACGGCAUUUGACAGAUUUAAAUGCAGUCACUUAUUACUUGUUAGAAAAUCCUGAUUAUCCAAAGAACGGGAGACCUCAUGCGCUGAAUCAGUUAAAUAAUCUCUGUGAGAGACAGCAAAGACGGCAGGAAUUGUUGCUUCCGAAUGUUGUGCCUCUACCGGCACAGUGCGGGACCCCUGUUCCACACAGAACCCGAGGCGUGCCACAGGGAGCUCGCAGAGAGGGCCCUUUAGGUCCUUACGAAAGGAGAAUCGUCGUGGCACAUCGUCGACUCUCAGAGAACAGUAAUGAUAACGCUCAGCAAUUAUUGACGUUGGCUGGUGCGAUGCCGAAAGGGGCUGUGGCAGCCGGAGAAGUGGGUCACGUGAGCGCUCCUGUUCCCAUAUUGCAACAACAGCAGCCAAGGUUUGAACCCAUCCUAGAGGUUAACCCAGGCCCAGAGGCCCGACAGAUGGGCAAUGGAUAUGGCCAGGCAGUGGAGAUCGACGACGAGAGACCUGGGCCUGCUUUCCCAGUACAGGAACCUCUGGAACCAGAAGCAGGUUAUGCCGUGGGGUACGACAAAGAUCUGAUCACCUCAUUGGCGAAUGAAACGGCCAAUCUCUUUCCUGACAUAGAGAAAGCGUUUGUGGAAAGCCUUAUUAAGACCCACAAUUUGGCUGAUUUAAAUACAAUUGGUAACUACUUGUUAGAAAACCCCGACUACCCAAAGAUGAAGGAGCCUCCUACCUUAAAAGCAAGUAUUCUUCUUGAAGCCAGUGAAGACACGUCUAAUAAAGAAGAUUAUUUUGACUUUGCCAAGUUGCAACCUGCACACCACCGCACUGUCGUGCAAGCUGCUGAUCUCCUCAUGGCUGAUUUUAAAAUGUUAAGCAGUCAGGACAUCAAAUGGGCUCUCCAUUCCCUCAAAGGACACUAUGCAAUCACACGCAAGGCCUUAACGGAUGCCAUUAAGAAGUGGCGAGAGACAUUUCCUGAAGCUACAAAAAAGCAGAAAAGGCAAAAAGAAACGAGCCAGAUAUAUAUAGAUUUCAAGUUUGAACAUGGUGAUCUUAAGUUAGAGAGGCGCUUGCAUUUUCUGGAAAACAAGAGGCGGCACUGGAGAGUGUAUGACAAAAAAAGCAUCGUUCCGCCAUUGCUUAAAGAAAUAAACUUCUACGAACAGAAAGCGAAGGAAAUGGCUGAGCAUGAAGACUUCUUGUUGGCUCUGCAGAUGAAUGAGGAGCAGUAUCAAACGGACGGACAGCUGAUUGAGUGCCUCUGCUGUUAUGGCGAGUUUGCCUUUGAAGAGCUCACGCAGUGUGCAGACGGGCAUCUCUUCUGCAAGGAGUGCCUGGUGAAGUACGCGCAAGAGGCUGUCUUUGGUGCAGGAAGGUCGGAGCUGAGCUGCAUGGAUGGGACCUGCCAGUGCUCCUUCCCAACGAGUGAGCUGGAGAAGGUGUUACCAGAGAACGUUUUGUGUAAAUACUACGAGCGACUCGCAGAAGAGGCUGUGGCUGCCACCUGCGCAGACGAACUUGUUAGAUGCCCCUUCUGUAGUUUCCCGGCUCUCUUGGAUAAAGAAGUGUUUCUUUUCAGCUGUCCGAACGCACGCUGCAGAAAGGAAAGCUGUCGGAAAUGCCAUAUUCUUUGGAAGGACCACAUGGACAUGACUUGUGACCAAGUGGCCGAGAAAGAUGAAAUCCGCAUAAGGGUGUCUUUCGAGGAGAAAAUGACGGCGGCCCGCGUGCGGAAGUGUCACCAGUGUGGGACAGGCCUGGUCAAGUCCGAAGGCUGCAACCGAAUGUCUUGUCGCUGUGGAGCCCACAUGUGCUACCUCUGUCGAGCCCCCAUUAACGGAUACAACCACUUCUGCCAGCACGCCCGCACGCCCGGCUCCGCCUGCCGACAGUGCCAGAAGUGUUCGCUUUGGACAGACCCCACACAAGACGAUGAGCGAAUAAUUAAAGAUCUUCAGACGGAAGCAGAAAACGAACUAAGAAAGAAAGAUGCAGAUCAUGCCGUCAAAAGAGUUGGCCCGCCUCCAGACACGACCCCUGCCAAAAUCCCCCGGAGGCAGGAUCCAGUCCCUGGGCUUAACGUCCAGAGACUCGUCCAGCAGCACCCACCGCCUCCACACCUCCUACACCCACAGAUCAUGUUGCCGCAUGUCCCCCAUCCGCACCUAAACGUGCCCCUUCACAUCCAGCCUGCGCCUUACGUCCCCCCCCUGCCAAACCUGCAGGUAAACUAUGAGCUCCCCAAUAUGAAUCUGGACAUUCAUUUACCGAUGCACUACGGACCCCAUCCCCCUUUUUUCAGGCCAAUGUAAAGGUUCGAUAAGUGCCAUCAUUCCGAUCAGAAGCAGAGAGAAGUAGAAAUCGACAUUCCCUUUGCCCCCUCCCCCAGAGUACAGGGAUUUGGUGCUGGGUUCCUUUGCCUCCUUCUAAGCUGUUCUGUCAAAGGCAUUCAUGGAGAGAGGGGAUUCAGAUCUCGUCCACUUGUAUUGAUAAGACUGUGUUGAGAUCAUCCAAGCCUGUAAAUAUUACACUAAUGUUGCGAAGAAGGUGGGCCAGACUGCAGUAAUGUAACCCUGAAGAGAGUUUGGUCUACCUCUGCUGCCCGAGUGGCUGUAUUUACUUUAUAGCUUGAAAAAUCCUAUUUUGCAGCGUUCAGUAACGUUAUCCGUUUGGAGUUGUAUCCCGGCAUAUAAAAAUAACAAGAAGAAAUGUGGGGUUUGGGUUGAAAAAGUCCAGUUUUAUACAGAAGGGUAUGAAGGAGCCCAAGAAACGUCAAUUUAAAAAAACAAACAAAAAAAAAAAAAAAAAAAGUAAAAUUAACAAAUGCAAACUAUUUAAGUGAAUCACAGUUGUGUCAUAGCGCAUAAGGAUUUGUCCAAAAAAAAACCCUAUUUAAAUGCAUUUGUUGUUUUGAUGGAGUUUACAUUGGCUUUGUUUUCUCUCCUUUUUUAAUUCUUUUUAUAUUAUUAUUAUUGUUAUUAUUAUUAUUAAUUAGUCAUUUAGCAGAUGCUUAUAGCGACUUACAGACUAGGAGGUGAACUAUGCAUCAUCAACUGCUGCAGAGUCACGAUAGGACCUCGUUUGUUCUACGUCUCGGCCGAAGGACA